AUGGAUCCCCCAAAAUUGGAAGAUUGUAAAUCAUAUAAUCAAUUAGUGUCAUUAAAACCCUCAUUGCUAAACCUAAACUUGACAAACCUGCUGUCGGAUCACGAACGCUGCGAUAAACUCAUAAAAGAAUGGAAAGGUGUUACACUAGAUUUAUCCAGAGAAUUGUUGACAGAAGAGUCCCUGAAAUUGUUAAUCUCACUAUCAAAAGAACUUAAAAUAAAGGAAAAGUGCGCCGGUUUAUUCAAUGGAGAGAUAUUAAACACCUCAGAAAAAAGACCAGUACUCCAUACGUAUCUAAGAGCACUAAGAAGUGAAAAUCUGGAAGUUUCGGGCCAGAAUGUGACGAAAGAUGUGCACGAAGUUCUGGACCAUAUAAAAGAAUUCUCACAAAAAGUCAGAUCAGGAGAAAUAGUAGCAUCAGACGGAAAGCCAUUUGAUACAGUUCUAUGCAUAGGAAUAGGAGGAUCAUAUCUAGGAACACUAUUCACAAGCGAGGCGUUCAUGUCGUAUGGACCAGCCAGAGAAGCAAGCAAAAAUUUCAAAAUAAGAUUCUUAUCCAACGUUGACCCGUCAUCAUUAAGAUCAAUAACAAGUGAAUUGGACCCGAACAGAUCACUGGUGGUAAUAACAAGUAAAACAUUCACAACCAUGGAAACAAUUAAAAAUUCAUACUCAAUCAGACAAUGGCUACUAGAUCAUAUUGCAAAUAAAGAUCUAUUGAGUAAACACCUGUACGCAAUCACAACGAAUGUGGAACUGGCAUGUAAAUUCGGUAUUGAACCAAAUAACAUAUUCCCAUUUUGGAACUGGGUGGGUGGACGAUUUAGCGUGUGCAGCUCAGUCGGUUUGUUACCCUUGAGUAUCACAUUCGGUUACGAAAUUGUCGAUAUGUUCCUAUCAGGGUGCAGAGAUAUGGAUAUGCACUUCAAAAAUGAACCCGAGGAAAAUAAUUUACCCUUCCUCAUGGGACUGACGAGCUUUUACAACUCAACAGUCCUAGGGUUCAAUACAGUAGCACUGCUGCCGUAUAGCCAGGACCUAUCUAAAUUUCCACAGUACGCACAGCAGCUGCUAAUGGAGAGUAAUGGCAAAUCCGUAUCUAAAACAGGAGAAGUUCUAAAGUACGAAUGCUCGGAAAUUUACUUCGGAGAGCCGGGAACAAACGGACAACACAGCUUUUACCAAUUAUUGCAUCAAGGCAGAACGGUGCCGUCAGAAUUCAUUGGAUACAUAAACACACACAACGAAGACAAUAAAUUAUACGGCGACGUGACACACCACGUGGAACUAAUAUGUAAUCUAUUCGGACAGUUGGACGGGUUGGCAUUCGGGAAAAGCCAAGAAAGUUUGAUCAAGGAAGGAGUCGAUGAAGAUCAAGCCAAGUUUAAAGUAUGCAGAGGAAACCGCCCGUCAAUGUUACUGAUGUUCAACGAGCUGAACCCAUACACAGUGGGUCAGCUGUUAUCAUUGUAUGAACACAGAACCGUAGUUCAAGGACUACUAUGGAACAUAAAUUCAUUUGACCAAAUGGGAGUUGAGCUGGGAAAACAACUGGCUUCAAACAUUAGAUCACUUUUUAAAGACAAUGCAGUCGAAUUCAAAAACCACGAAAAACCUGGAACACUGAGCUACUCGUCAAUCAAGUUGCUGGCGCAGUUUAACAGUAAAUAUAAUAACAUGUAA